CAGAUUGUUGACUUUUAAUCUUUGCAAGGUCAAACAUUCUCAAAGCUAUGAAGAACCUUUCAGUAGUGACUCAAUUUAUCCUGCUUGGCAUCCCGCACACAGAGGGUCUGGAGACCACGCUCUUUGUCCUGUUUUUGUCUUUCUACAUCUUCACUUUAGUGGGGAACCUGCUCAUACUCCUCGCAAUUAUUUCCUCCACUCGGCUUCACACCCCCAUGUACUUCUUCCUGUGCCAGCUGUCUGUUUGUGACAUAUUUUUCCCUUCCGUGAGUUCUCCCAAGAUGCUGUUCUAUCUCUCAGGAAAUAGCAGAGACAUCUCCUAUGCAGGCUGUGUGUCCCAGCUCUUCUUCUACCAUUUCCUGGGGGGUACAGAAUGUUUCCUAUACACAGUGAUGGCCUAUGACCGCUUUGUUGCCAUAUGCUACCCUCUACGCUACUCAAUCAUCAUGAGCCAUAGAGUAUGUGCCUCUCUGGCUAUGGGGACAUCAGUUUUUGGCUGCAUUCAUUCAACAUUUCUAACUACUCUUACCUUUCAGUUGCCCUAUUGUGGUCCCAAAGAGGUGAACUAUUAUUUCUGUGAUAUCCCUGUGGUGAUGAAAUUGGCUUGUGCAGACACAUCAACCCUGGAGAUGGUGGGAUUCAUCAGUGUGGGCCUCAUGCCCCUCAGUUGCUUCUUCUUCAUUCUCACCUCCUACAGCUGUAUAGUUCGCUCCAUCCUCCAGAUCCGUUCCACGGAGGGCAGACACAGAGCCUUCUCCACCUGCAGCGCCCACCUAACUGCCAUCUUGCUCUUUUACAUGCCAGUGAUUUUCAUCUAUCUGAGGCCAACACCAAGCCCUUGGCUGGAUGCAACUGUUCAGGUCCUGAACAACCUGGUCACCCCUAUGCUAAACCCAUUAAUCUACAGCCUCAGGAAUAAGGAGGUAAAAUCAUCACUGUGGACUGUCCUACGUCCACUGUGCUUCCUACCUAGACAGUUGUAAAGAGAGAUCAGUAGUGAAUACUUAGGUACCCUUCAGCUUAAUGGAAUAGAUUUAGUGAAUACUCAAAACUACUUUGUAUUUGAGAACAUUGUUAUUACUAUCUUAAAUUUACACUGUUACUGACUAAGACACAAAGACUCAGUAUCUAGAGAGCAAGUGGUGUAGCUGGAGAAUUUCUCUCCAGUUCUGACCAAGUCUCGCCAGUCCUAGAGCCCACUUAUAAAAUAAACACACAGACUCUUACAUUAUUUAAACUGCUUGGCCAUUAGCCCAGACCUAUCAUUGUCUAGCUCUUACUCUUAUAUUUAGCCCAUUUCUAUUAAUCUAUACUUUGCCAUGUGGCUCGUGGCUUAUCGGUACCUUAUACUUCCAUGUCCUGGCGGCUGCUCCAGGCAAUCUCUCCCUUCCCUUCCUAUUUCCUCAAUUCUCCUCUCUUGUUAGUCCCGCCUAUACUUCCUGUCUGGCUAUUGUCAAUCAGUGUUUACUUAUACAGAGUGAUAUAGACAGCACUUCCCCUUUUCUUCUUUUUCAAAAAGGAAGGUUUUAACUUUAACAUAGUAAAAUUAUAUAACAAAACAACUAUCGAGCAAGAAUUAUAGUUACAAUAUUAAA